AUGGGUUUGUCCAAGCUACCUGGCCCUCUCGUGAUCACAAUCUGUAGGGAAUUUCUCGAUCUUCGUCUUGCUGGUGAGAGAUACCGCUCGCUGGGAAAUGCCGUCCCUUCAAAAAUCCACGCAUCUCUAUCAACCGCGCCACUAGCUGGAGUCAGAAUAGGUGUGAAAGACAUUUUUGACCUAAAAGGCUUACGAAGCUCACUUGGAAGUCUACCGUAUUACGAGCUAUAUCCCCCAUGUCAGCGAACAGCAGAUACCGUGACCUGUUUGAUCUCCAUGGGCGCGGAGGUGGUUGGAAAGCUUGCGAUGAGUGCCUUCGCACUUCAAGAGCAUCCUAUGCAAAGUGUUGAUUAUCAAGCACCUGUUAAUCCACAAGCUGAUGGCUAUCAAAUCCCAGGAGGUAGUAGUAGCGGUGUUGCGGCGGCCAUCGCUUCAUAUGAAUCGUUAGAUCUUGCGCUGGUGACUGAUAGUUAG